AAAGAUAAAAUAUUUUUGAUAUAAAACUGUUAAUUAAAUUUAGAUAAUCUAUCUAAUAAUACAAUGAAUCUCGAAUUUACUGUGACAGAAACUAUAACUCGUCAUAAUGGUAUAAUUAAUGAAAUUUAUUUUGAAUUUGAAGAAUUUAUUGUGGGAAAUACAUCGGUUGGUAUAACAAAUAAAAAAGAACGACGUAGUAGAAUAUCUGAGGCAGGUAUAACACGAAAUGAAUAUAAUAAAUUAGCUAAAAAUCCAUUAUCAUUUGAUAAUUUUAUUCUUGUUAUACGUCCAUUUAUAAUGGGAUAUUAUGAAAAUGAUGAAUUAAAACAAACAUUUCAAAUAUUAGAUAACAAUAAAUCUGGUUCUAUUGAUAUUAAUGAAUUAGCAAAUUUUUU